AUGAAUGAAGAGAGGGAGCGCUGUCAGCGGAAAAAACUGGUGAAUCUUCACCUCUGCAGCACAUCUGUCCUGCUUCUGUGAACCAAACAUGGUCAGCAAUGCAAAAGCAGCAAAACCUGAAUCUACCAGAAACAAUAAUGAGCUGAUCAGGAUUGUGAUUGUGGGGAAGACUGGAGUUGGGAAGAGCGCUACAGGAAACACCAUUCUGGGAAAACGGUACUUUAAAUCUGAGUUCUCCCCUAAAUCUCUGACUACACUCUGUAAUAAGGCCUUUGGUGAGGUGGAUGGACAAAAGGUUGCUGUUAUCGACACUCCAGGUCUGUUUGACAACAGGAACACUGAAGAGAAAACAGUUCAAGAUAUUGCCCAGAGCAUUUCUUAUGCUUCUCCUGGACCUCAUAUCUUCCUGGUUGUCAUCAGACUGGGCAGAUUCACAGAAGAAGAAAAGAAGACUGUGCAGAAGAUUCAGGAAAUUUUGGGAGAGGAUGCCAACAAAUACAGCAUGGUUCUCUUUACCCAUGGUGACCUGCUCAAAGAAAAACCCAUCGAGGAGUUCUUGAAGGACAGUGAAGACCUGCAGGAAGCUGUAGCCAAAUGUAAAGGCCUGUAUCAUGUGUUCAGUAAUGAGGUGGAGGAUCGUUCUCAGGUGACUGAGCUGCUCAAGAAGAUCAGAAAUAUAAUAGAGAAGAAUGGAGGAAGUCAUUACACCAAAGAAAUGUUGCAGGUGGCAGAGAGGGCGAUCAAAGACAAGAAAAGACAAAUCCUGAGGGAGAAAGAAGAGCAAAUGCGCAAAACACUGGAGAGACUGGAGAGGAAAAUAAAGGAAACAAAGAAAGCACAAGAGCAUCCAAAUGCAGUAUCUUCAGUCUCUCUCUUUGGGUGCCCCCACCUUCAAAUCUCUUUUCCCGGAUGCCUGCCUCCUCAGAUCUCCCUCCUGGGUCCCUUUCCUUUCAGGGACCACUUAUGCCAGCAUAACCGACCCCUAAUGGUUGGAGGAUGCAUUGUAUUUUCUUUCAGUGGUCAAUACAGACAAAUGUACAUAUCCAGGUUCAUGAAAUAUCAUGUAAUUACAAAUGUGAUAAACUAUAAUAAACUAUAAUGAUAUUAUGAAAACUGUACAGUACACUCCAUGCAUCAAGUCCUCCAAAAAAAAAUGUUUGUGAUACACAUAAACAGAUUUGAUUCCUGAACUGAUGUUCCUCUCAGCAGGAUGGUAUCAUCUGUCUGUGCCCUCCAAAACCAUUUCAAAUCACCUUUUUACAAACUGAUUCAUACAAUUUUUUCUGAGCUGCCUCCACUAAGGUUAAAGCUUGGUUAGAAUUAGGCACAAAUAUUCCUUUGAACCUUUUUUGUGUUGUUUUUGCUACAUUCAUGGUCAGAUGUGGGAAUAAACGUAAACACUGGCCCUCUGACAACAUUUUCUUAUUCUGCUGCUUAUGAGCAGCAGACACUUGGACUUCUUCAGUAAAUAGAACAAUAUUACAUUAAAAGCUCUGCUGAAAGUCAAACUCAGAAGUGUUUCAAAAGCUCACAAUCUUGUGAAAGUAGCAUCUGUUGACUGGGUUUGCAGAGCCCAAUGGUUAUUUGUCAUCAUGUUGUGAAGAGAGUAGGAGAGUAGGACGCCUGCACAUUAUGAGUACAAACUGGCAAUUACAAGAAUGUGCGCCAUUUCUUGUAAAUGCAGAUGGGGGAAGUGAACAGGGUCUACUGUUUAAUGUCUGUGAACAUGUGGAAGGA